ACAAAAAAUCUUCGGCGAUAAGCUCUUACCGUGCUGAGAAAUCCGACCCUCGGCCGAUGACGACGGAAUAGUAAUAGACCCCACCAUUACAUAGCCAGCGAGCCAGCACAUGUACCAUACUAAAGGAAUCAAAAUCCAGCCUUUCCUUUCCCUCCGCUCAAUCCCCAUAAUUCUCCUCCCCCUCCUAAACUCUAUGACUUAAUGAACAUCUGGCUUCAAAUCUAAACCCCAGGUUUCACCACCAACCCCAAAGUUCCAGCUCCCGCGCAACAAUGCCUACCCCGGAUCUCCCCAACCCCGCACACCACGACAUAGACUCAAUGCUAACCCGAAAAUUCGGUCGCGAAAUCGCAAACUACUUCUCCGGCUCCCCACUGAACCGAGUCUCCUUCCUGCGUACCGACCACAGCUUCAUCUCCAGUGCCCUAACGCACUCAUCUACCUCGUUCCUCCUGUUCAACGACCUCGCGCCCUUAUCUGUGAACACGAAUAAGUUGGCGUAUGUAAAGCACGAGGAUGUCAGCAAGUUCAUUGGGGGAAACCCCUUUGAGAAGACGGAAGAAGAAAUUGUGAAGGGUUAUAAUAGUAGUGUUACGUUGCCUCUGGUUCUGUUCCUCGGUUUGGAUGAAGAGAAGAAGGGGGGGUUUGAACAUGGGAUUUAUAAGGGGACGCCGUAUUUUGCGGUUGAUGUUACGCCUAGGGGGACGGUGGAGGGGGAGGCGAGGAAGUUGGUUGAGAGUAUGAAGGGGAAGGGAUUGUCGUUUGCGGAAGGGAGGGUGUUUAUGGGGUUAAGUGCUCCUGAAGGUAUGGCUUUUAUUUCAAUCGCUUGGUACAAAUGGAGUAUUAACUUUAUAUAGCUGCAAUUUAUGCCCACGCUCGAUCACUCCUCGAUUGGAACGCCCGAAAUCCGUUCUGUGGUGGUUGCGGACAGCCUACAAUUUCCAUAAAUGCGGGAACGAAAAGAGUAUGUCCCCCAACCGACUUUGCAUCUCUCCCAACACCACAAGGAGGGGCAACAACCGUCCUCUCCGAACCCCGUCAGCGAGCAGCCUGCGUCACCCGCAAAGGAAUAUCCAACCUCUCAUUCCCGCGAACAGAUCCCACCGUCAUCAUGGCCGUAGUAUCACACGACGCAAAGCGAGUGCUCCUGGGCCGCCAAAAACGUUUCCCACCACAUUGGUACUCCACGCUCGCCGGGUUCUGCGAGCCCGCGGAGUCCGUCGAGGAAGCGGUUCGUCGCGAAGUCUGGGAAGAAUCCGGUGUCCAUCUAGGACGAGUCGUCAUCCAUUCAACCCAGCCUUGGCCCUACCCCGCCAAUCUCAUGAUCGGUGCUAUUGGCCAAGCAUUACCGGAUGGAGAGAAGAUUCAUCUGGAGUAUGAUCCCGAGUUGGAGGAUGCGAAGUGGUUUGAUAUGGAGGAUGUUAGAGAGGCAUUGAGGGUGGGUGUGAGUGGGCUUGAUGAACCGGCUGGGAAGGGGUAUGUGGAAGGGAAUUUGAGACUACCUCCUGCGACCGCUAUUGCGCAUCAAUUGCUCAAAGCUGUUGCGGAGGGAUUCUUGGACGUGAGAGAGGCUAGCAAGAUCUGAGUUUUGAAAUUACAAAGCGUGAGAAUUUACAGAUGGGAUAGAACAUUCGAUAGAGAGGUGAAAGAUGGGUUUGUAUAUAUCUAGAAUAAGCUGUGCUACAUAUUUCCCCACAAGCUCCAUAACCUUGUCUCGCUAACGCACUUUCGAUAGGUUAGCAAGUAUUCCAAACAACAACUGAAUCCCAAUUCUUCAUCAUCUUGCUCUCAUUAUGGAAUCCAAUUUUCGAUCCGCUGCACAAAUAUCUUCGUAUUCUUCUCAGGAUUCUAGUCAGCCUACAGGGUAUCAUUGAUCCUGACAAAACUUUCGACUUAUCGAAUCCUCCAAUCCGCACUCAGCAACAUAAAAGACAACCCAAACCCACCUCAGACUCCCCCUUUCUCCUCCAUCUCCUCACACCUCACAAAAAGGGGACCCAUCACCCCCAAUAAUGGUCUCCAAAACAGCAACCCUCGUCCUCCUAACCCACACCAUCACAACCCUCUUCGGCCUCCUCUUCACCCAAUCCGUCUUCCACAACAUCACAACCGACAUCCCCAGACUAUACAUGUUCUACACCACCUUCAUCAUCCAACUCCUCCUCAACACCCCCCUGUUCCUCAUCCUCUCUCUCAUAACCCACUACUUCCUCCCAUCACGCCUCACUCGCAAACACCACCUCCUAACCACCAUUCUCCUCUCCCCCCUCCUCGCCCACACCCUAGGCCACCUCACCAGCCACCUCGCUCCCCCCUCACAAGAAAACAUCCACGCAACAGCAUGCUGGGAACAAAUCUCCCUGAAGGACCCCGCAGCCCUUCGCAAGACCGCGUAUUGCACACGCAAAUACGGGAUGAGUCGUGAGGAAGCGGGGCGUGAAAUUGGCGGUAUAAGAUAUCGGUAUGAUUACGCGAGUGUCCUGGGGACGGUGUG